GCCGCGAAAAUCCCCUUCCAAUCUUUACUCCCUACUCCUUAAUCUCUCAAUCAGUUUCAAUUGCUCCUCUUCCCUCUGCCACUUCUUCGCUUAAACCCUAAAAAACUCGAUUGAACCCACCGUGAUCCGACCACUCCGGUUCCUUUCCCGCUACCAGUAUUGAUUUUGGCGCCACCAUUCUCCCCACCGCUACUUCAAACAACAGCCCUAACUUUUGGUCUCCAUUUUUUGCUUUUGGUGGACUUCAUCUGGGAGUUAGCUUGCUGAUCUGUUGGUUUUUGAUCUCUUGUUACCUUUUUAUGCUCAAAGCUUGACACUUGGUUAUGCUCUGAAAUGGAAAAUCUGUCUCAGUCCUCAGGUGGACAGUUUCGACCAGUUAUCCCAGCACAACCAGGCCAGACAUUCAUUUCAUCAUCUGCCCAACAGUUUCAGUUAGCAGGGCAGAAUAUAUCUUCAUCAAAUGUUGGAGUGCCAGCUGGUCAAGUUCAGCCACAUCAGUAUCCUCAAUCAAUGCCGCAGUUAGUGCCAAGACCCGGCCAUCCUAGCUAUGUCACUCCUUCGUCCCAGCCCAUUCAAAUGCCUUAUGUUCAAACGAGGCAGCUUACUUCUGUUCCGCCUCAGUCCCAGCAAAAUGUGGCUGCACCAAAUAAUCAUAUGCAUGGCUUGGGUGCUCAUGGAGUACCUCUUUCUUCACCAUAUACUUUCCAGCCAAUGUCACAAAUGCAUGCGCCUGUUAGUGUAGGUAAUAGCCAACCUUGGCUGUCUUCUGCAAGCCAGACUGCAAACCUUGUCUCACCAGUCGAUCAAGCUAAUCAGCAUUCUUCUGUUUCUGCCGUAAACCCAGCUGCCAAUGCUCCUGUGUUCAAUCAGCAAUCGUCAUCUGAUUGGCAAGAGCAUGCAUCAGCUGAUGGAAGAAGAUAUUAUUACAACAAAAAAACCAAACAGUCUAGUUGGGAGAAGCCAUUGGAACUUAUGACACCACUUGAGAGGGCCGAUGCAUCAACCGUGUGGAAGGAAUUUACUGCUCCAGAUGGAAGAAAGUACUAUUACAAUAAGGUGACGAAGGAAUCAAAGUGGACCAUGCCAGAAGAAUUGAAGUUGGCUCGUGAGCAAGCUCAGAAAGAAGCCACCCAAGGAACACAAAUAGAUGUAUCUGUUACGACACCUCAAUCUACACCUGCUGCUGGUCUCUCCCAUGCUGAAACACCAGCAAUUUCUUCUGUUAACUCUAGCAUUUCUCCGACGGUAUCUGGGGUUGCAACCAGUCCAGUUCCUGUCACUCCUUUUGUUUCUGUAUCCAAUUCUCCUUCAGUGAUGGUUACUGGAUCAUCAGCCAUUACCGGCACACCCAUUGCUUCAUCAACUAGUGUGUCUGGAACAGUUUCUUCUCAAUCUGUUGCUGCUUCUGGAGGUACUGGUCCUCCUGCUGUGGUCCAUGCCAAUGCUUCGUCAGUGACUCCUUCCGAAAGUCUUGCAUCUCAAGAUGUAAAAAAUACAGUUGAUGGGACUUCCACAGAAGACAUUGAGGAAGCAAGGAAGGGAAUGGCAGUUGCAGGAAAAGUUAAUGAGACUGUUCUAGAAGAAAAAUCUGCUGAUGAUGAACCAUUAGUAUUUGCCAACAAGCAGGAGGCAAAGAAUGCAUUUAAAGCACUUCUGGAAUCCGUAAAUGUUCAGUCUGAUUGGACGUGGGAGCAGGCCAUGCGAGAAAUAAUUAAUGACAAAAGAUAUGGCGCCUUGAAAACUCUUGGUGAGCGGAAGCAAGCAUUUCAUGAGUAUUUGGGACAUAGGAAAAAAUUGGAUGCUGAAGAAAGACGCAUAAGACAAAAAAAAGCUCGUGAGGAGUUCACCAAGAUGUUGGAAGAGUCCAAGGAACUCACAUCGUCUACCAGAUGGAGCAAAGCUGUUAGUAUGUUUGAGAAUGAUGAGCGGUUUAAAGCUGUUGAACGUUCUAGAGACCGGGAGGAUCUUUUCGAAAGCUACAUAGUGGAACUUGAGCGGAAGGAAAAAGAAAGGGCUGCAGAGGAGCACAAGAAAAAUAUUGCUGAAUAUAGGAAAUUCCUUGAGUCAUGUGAUUACAUAAAGGUUAGCAGCCAGUGGCGAAAAGUACAAGAUCGGUUGGAAGAUGAUGAAAGAUGCUCACGUCUUGAGAAACUUGAUCGCUUGCUUAUUUUCCAGGACUAUAUACGUGACUUGGAGAAAGAGGAAGAGGAUCAGAAGAAGAUACAAAAGGAACGUGUUCGACGAAUUGAAAGAAAAAACCGUGACGAGUUCCGCAAACUCAUGGAAGAACACAUUGCUGCUGGUGUUUUUACAGCUAAAACUUUCUGGCGUGAUUACUGUUUGAAGGUUAAGGAAUUGCCUCAGUAUCAAGCUGUUGCUUCAAAUACAUCUGGCUCAACACCGAAGGACUUAUUUGAGGAUGUUCUAGAGGAGUUGGAGAAUAAGUACCAUGAAGAAAAAACUCAGAUAAAAGAUGUGGUGAAGGCAGCGAAGAUAACCAUCACUUCAUCGUGGACAUUUGAUGACUUUAAGGCUGCCAUUGAAGAGAGUGGUUCUCUUGCAGUUUCAGAUAUAAAUUUUAAGCUUGUAUAUGAGGACUUACUAGAACGAGCCAAAGAAAAGGAGGAGAAAGAAGCCAAAAGGCGUCAACGUCUAGCUGAUGACUUUUCAGGACUGCUCCAGUCAUUCAAGGAGAUUACAACUUCUUCCAACUGGGAGGAUAGCAAACAGCUUUUUGAAGAGAGUGAAGAGUAUAGAUCAAUCGGGGAAGAGAGCUUUGCGAAGGAAGUUUUUGAGGAACACAUCACACAUUUACAAGAAAAGGCUAAAGAAAAGGAACGCAAGCGUGAGGAGGAGAAGGCCAAAAAGGAAAAAGAACGAGAGGAAAAAGAGAAGCGGAAGGAAAAAGAGCGUAAGGAGAAGGACAGAGAACGUGAAAAAGAGAAGGGGCGGGUCAAGAAGGAUGAAACAGAUAGCGAAAAUGUAGAUGUGAGCGAUACUCAUGUCUACAGAGAAGACAAGAAAAGGGACAAAGACAAAGAUAGAAAACAUCGGAAGCGACAUCAUAGUGCCACUGAUGAUGGUGCUUCUGAUAAAGAUGAGAGAGAGGAGUCUAAGAAGUCCCGUAAACAUGGCAGUGACCGAAAAAAAUCAAGGAAGCAUGCAUAUUCACCUGAAUCAGACAGUGAGAAUAGGCACAGAAGGCACAAGAGAGAUCAUCGUGACGGUUCCCGUAGAAAUCACGAUGAACUUGAAGAUGGGGAGCUUGGUGAGGAUGGUGAAAUUCAAUAGUUCUUUGUUCUUGAUACCAGGAAUUUUCUUCGACGUUUCGAAGGGGCCAACCAUCCACCAGCACGAUCAAUGUGGUAAAUAGAGCCAGUGGUGGUGAUGGAAAACUUCUGCAAAAGGAUUCUUUUGAAGAGGAGAUGAAGGGUGAACCAGUUAUCAUUCUUCCAUUAUCUGUUAGUGGAUAUAUACUUCUGUUAGUGUUCCUCAUAGGAGUUAGUGGCGUAUAUGAUGAACCAGCCAUUUGGUUGGAAACCAUUUUAUUUAUUUUUCGAGCUGGUUUUGUAAGUCGCCUUUCCUUUAACAUCUUUUGUACUUCUGUUAGAGGGUAAAUCCAAAUGCUGCUUAUUUGCGGUUCUUUUUUA